UUGGAUCCGUAUAGCAAAUUUCUUAAUAACAAACCAUGAAACUAAAGAAGUCUAUAUUUAGCGCCAAAGACUCUGUCGUGUACAGUUACGAAACUAACCCUGUCGAUCGUCUUCUCUGGCGAGUCAAGGUGGAGGGAGCUCUGCAAUCCUCGAGCAAGACGCUUUAGGUUACACUACGAAAAUUAGGUAAGUAAGAAAUGGAGGAGAUAUUCGCUUUGAUAGUGUCGAUGAUCCUCAUAGCUGCAGUGAUUCCUUUGUUCUUAUGGAAACGUCGGGUAGAUGCUCGAUCACGUGAGGAAGAUGCACAACCGCCGCUGGUUCAGGCACGUGAAAACGUGGUACGUGCUACUGGUGGUGGUGGGCGUAGAAUGCGUCGGAGACCUGCAGCUUCUGCUGGUGCUAGCUCCUCAUCAUCAUCCAACGUUCAAGAAAACAUCAGUGGGAGUGAAGAUGAAGAAGAAGAAGAAGAAGCCAUUGGAAAUCAAGCCAGAGCAUCUAAGAAGAAGGAGAAGAAGCGUCAAGAACGAGAAGAACAAAGACAGGCUGAAGAAGCUGCACGUGAGUCAAGGAGUACAAAACAAGAUUGGUAUGCAGAGAUGCGGAGGAAGAAAGAUGAGGAGCGCGAGGCAGAGGAGAGGAAGCUGGAAGAAGAAGAAAAAGCACGACAAGCCAAGGAAGAAGAGGCCGCUGCGUUAGAGUUUGACAAAUGGAAAGGGGAGUUCUCAGUUGACGCUGAAGGGACUACAGAGGAAGUGCAGGGUGGAAACCAAGAUUUGCUUUCAGAAUUUGUUGAAUACAUAAAGAUACAAAAAUGUGUUCCACUUGAAGAUCUCGCCGCAGAGUUUAAUCUACGAACUCAGGAAUGCAUCAACAGGAUCGCCUCUUUGGAGAGCAUCGGACGGCUCUCUGGUGUUAUGGAUGAUAGAGGAAAAUACAUUUACAUAUCAAUGGAAGAGAUGAAUGCGGUUGCGGAUUACAUCAAACGUCAAGGAAGAGUUAGUAUCUCACAUCUAGCAAGCAAGUCGAACCAGUUCAUCGACUUGGAGCCCAAAGUACAAGAUCAGCUAACUGAAGAAAUCAGCGGCAUGGAAGAGAUCUCGGUUUCUUAGUUAACUUAUUCACAGUCUCUCUUGUAAAAUCCUUCUGUCUAAAGCAAGAGUAAGAGAAAGCCUUUGGUGACACGCUGCAAACUUACUGGUUUGGUCAUACAUAGAACUUGUUCUGAUUUUAGUGCUAGUAUGACAUCCUUACAUCCAUGUGCAGUUCAUGAAGGUUUUUUUUGGGGAUCAAAUUCAUGAAAAUCUAUUAUACAGUAUCUUUUACAUA